AUGCUCGCUCCGUCCACACGUCUUCCUGCCCGCCUCUCCAGGCAGGCCGUCCCCACACUCCAGCGCCAGUUUAGCUCCGCACGCCCGACGCUGAAGGAAAUCCAAGAUGCGUACAUUCUGAGCGCAUCGCGAACACCGACUGGCAAGUUCAACGGUUCAUUCGCCUCCGUCUCGGCACCCGAACUGGGUGCCGUCGCCAUCAAGUCGGCCCUGGGUAAAUCAAAGGUCCCGAUCGACAAGAUCACCGAUGUAUAUAUGGGAAAUGUCUUGCAAGGCGCUGUGGGCCAGGCGCCGGCUCGUCAAGCCUCCAUGUUCGCGGGGUUGCCUUCGACCGUUGAGUCCAUGACCGUCAACAAGGUCUGUGCCUCGGGUUUGAAGGCGGUGGCGCUGGCUGCACAGAAUAUCCAGCUGGGAUUGGCAGAGGCCCAGGUCGCGGGUGGCAUGGAGAACAUGACUCGCGUACCCUACUAUAUGCCCCGCUCUAGCCAGCUGCCUCCGUUUGGGGAGAUUAAGCUAGAGGACGGCUUGAUUAAGGACGGUCUCUGGGAUGUUUACAACAAGUUUCACAUGGGUAUCUGCGCCGAACAGACGGCCAAGAAAUACGAGAUUUCACGCGAGGACCAAGACCAGUACGCCAUCCAGUCGUAUCAGCGAGCCCAGCAGGCCUGGAAGGAGAACAAGUUCGCGGACGAGAUCGCGCCGGUCACGGUCAAGAGCAAGAAAGGAGAUCUUGUCAUCGAGCGAGACGAGGGCUACGAGAACCUCCGCAUCGAUAAGAUGGCGAGCUUAAAGCCCGCAUUCCUGCGCGAUGGCACGGGUACCGUCACCGCUGGUAACGCGUCUACCAUGAACGACGGCGCAUCCGCCCUGAUCCUGGGCAACAAGGAAUUGGCUCGUGAGUUCGGCCAGGGUAACCGCGCGCUGGCCCGCAUCGUGUCCUCAGCGGACGCUGCCAUCGACCCUGUCGACUUCCCCGUGGCUCCUGCAAAGGCAGUCCCUAUUGCACUGGAACGUGCUGGUAUCACCAAGGACCAGGUUGCCGUGUGGGAGUUCAAUGAAGCCUUUGCGGCGGUGAUUAAGGCCAAUGAGAAGAUUCUCGGUCUUGAAAAUGCCAAGGUUAACAUGCUGGGAGGCGCGAUUUCUCUUGGCCACGCCCUCGGGAGCUCUGGGUCCCGUAUCCUCGUCACUCUACUUCACCAGCUGCAACCCGGCGAGUACGGUGUCGCCGCCAUCUGCAAUGGCGGAGGUGCUGCCACUGCCAUGGUGGUGCAGAAGUUGGAUCGAGUCAACUAA